ACAGGGAUCAGCGAAACAACUUGAUGAUAAUCGAUACGAGCUUGUUGCAUCGAUUGUGUUAAUCAUUGACGGCAGUGAAACAACAAUUGUUGAUACUGGCUUGGCAACCGAUUUAACAGGCCGAAAUAAUAUGCUGAAAAAAUUAGCUGAUUUAAAUAUCAAUCCGCUAUUGGUGAAUUAUGUGAUAACAACAGAUGGACAACCAGAUCAUUCUGGAAACACUAAUAGUUUCCCUGAAUCGCUUCAUUUUGCAGGAAUAUUCAUGUAUUACAAGACGCAAUUCAGUUUGUCAAAAUUAUUUCACGAAGAUAUCAUCAAUGUCUCACCAAAUGUUCAUUUAUUAAAAACACCUGGGCAUUCACCUGAUGGAAUUACUGUUAUUGUUACCAACGCCAAAAAUUAUGGAACCGUUGCUGUCACUGGGGACGUAUUUACCCAUAAAGAAGAUUUGAAAUAUUCGAAUAUUUGGCAAAUAUUAUCAAAAAAUAUAACAGAACAAGCGGAAUCGAGAAGAACGAUAAUUUGCCUCGUAGAUUAUAUAAUACCUGGUCAUGGAGAGAUUUUCCUCGUAGAGAGCCGACUAAAACAAAAAUUAAAUUGUCCAAUUGAUUAUAAAUUAAGAUAG